AUGCAGACGCAAGGAAACAGCCGUGCCUCCCUUCUGGCCAAUCUGCGGACUGGCGGAGUGCGCUCAGUGUCUGGGGUCCCCCACUCUGCGGGGCCUACGACCACCUCGUUCCAAGUACCCCGGUUCUCGCAGUCGCAUGCGAUCUACGAAGACGACGAUGAUGCGAUCGCAGCGCAGAUGCAGCACCUCAACUUUGCUUCCAAUGCCGCCAUGGGCCCUCGCGCCAUGAUCAACGGUCCUAUGACCGCUGGACUGGCUGGUCCUAAUCAGUUCCAGCAGCAACAGAUUAUGAUGCAGAUGAUGCUCCAGCAGCAGCAAGGGAUGGGCAUGGGACUGAGCGCCGAGCAGCAGGCUUUGCAGCUCCAGCUCCAAAACGAGAUCUUGAUCCUUCAGGCAAAGCAGCAGCAGCAGCAACAGCAGUUCCAAGCUCAGAUCCUCGCUCAGGCGCAGGCUCAACAGGCUCAGCUCCAGGCUCAGAUUCAGGCCGCACAGGCUGCCCAACAGGCCCAAUCUGGUCUCAACAACACUCGUUUGAACCCCGUCAUCAACCGCCGUGUCUCGGCCGCCAAUGCCGUCCCAUCCACUGCUGGUCCCCUCCAGACGUCGUUCAAUCUCGGGAACGCUCCCGCCCCUCGUCGUACGAUGUCCAUCGACCAGGACCCGGCCCCCAUGACAGCUGCGAUUGGCGGCCGCUUUGGUACUCGUGCUCCAAGCCUCUCAGCUACGACUGGGCUUAAUCCUAAUGCGGCUGCCUUUUCAUUUGGAGCCCGUGUCGGAUCGCCCACCAAGGAGAACCGUGAAGUCCAGGCCCAUAGUGCAAGCGGGAGCCCGCCCCACCCGGCGACAACUGUCAUCAGCGGUGGCACCUCGCUUGGGGGAGCUUCUGCGCCAGCUCCUACUGCCAACAGGUCCCAAUCCGACCCCUCCUGGCGUCGUCCUUCCCAGUCUUCGUCCCCCGAGUCUCAGCCUCAGCGCCUGAGCCCGCCGGUCCGUGAUCAAUCUCCCAUUUCACGUGCUCGUCCCCAACCGCUCAGGUUCAUUUCGGGUCUGUCCACGACUGCGGAAGCUCCCCAAAGCUCUCCCAGCUCCCCCGAGCCUGAUGUUGUUGCGACAGGCACUGACGGAGUCCAGACGAUCUUGAUUGAUAAUGGCCAUAGCACCGGAAGCCGUAGCCCGUCGUCCAAUUCCCCAACAACCCCUGUUGGGGGCGAGCCUCUCCCCGGACGCGAAGAAGCCUCGAAGCGUCUCUAUGAGGGUCUUGGGAUGGGCCGUUCCUUACCUACGAGCCAGAGCCAAUUGUCUUCGGCAAUGGGAUCAAGUGCUUCCCUGAGCAGCCUUAGCGGUGCCUCUACCCCUGCUCGCGCUGUUUCCCAGGCUGUCCGCCAACCCCGCGGACCUCCGAGCGAAGUCAGCGAGCUCGGCCCACGCAACUUUGCAUCUCGUGUACGUUCCAAGGCUAUCGGCGGGCUUGAGGCCAUGAUGCUCGCCCGUAACCGCCGUCAGGGGCUCGACGUCGAGGCGUUCUAA